GGGCGGAGAUCUUCCGCUCAUCACUGGGCAGAAGAUCAGCAAACAACCGUGUUUGCAGUUCUUGGAUGCUGCUGCUGCUGCUGCGGCGAGUGUUGUCGGCUUUCCUUGUGGUCGCCUUGAUUGCUAAAAAUGCUUUUUGGGGAAUUUUAGUUCUCUGGCGCGUUUCGGACGGAGUGGUUUGUGCGAUCGUUUUUGCUCAAGUGGGCCUUUCUUGUGAAGAGAAAGCAUCUGUGUGAAAUACUGAUUUGGGCCUAAGGUUUUUGUUAAUGCUUUACUUGACACUGAUGCUGUGAUUGGGAUCAUGAAAAGAAAUAUAUUUUUGAUUGCCUUCAUCGCUACUUUUUGUAACGGAUUGGCUACCGCUGCUCGUCAGCAUUUGCGAUCCGAUGUGGUAUACAAUGAACGGAAUGUCAAGGAAGGGCGCUACAAAUAUGGCUACGCAGUGAAAGAGGGAGAAACGCAGUUCCAUCAUCAGCGAUCGUUGGAUGGAGCCAUGUACGGUUGCUAUGGGUAUGUGGACCCACUGGGAAAACUCUUCAUAACGCAUUACCUGGCCGAUAAGGGAGGAUAUCGGUUGGUUAACUUGGCGAAUGCGGAUAAGAAGCAACUGGACAAGAUAAAGACUUUGGGAUCCGCUGAGCACCCACUCCAACUGCAGAGCUUAUUUCCACUGGAGUGCCAAGCCGAUGGCGACAUCAAAGUACUGCAAGAAACGGCUGCCAAAAUGAAGAACUCGCUACCGGAUCGAAUGACAUACGGAGACAUCCGUAAUCAAAGACCUUCGGACUCCUUUGUAUCCUCUACCACUCCUAGCUCUAAAAGUGAAGUAGAGGAGAAAUCCAUAAAACAAACCCCCGUAGUACCUUUGAAACCAGUUGCUGUUGGAAAGAACCAAGAGGAAAAUCUAAAUAAUCAGGUACAAACUAGGGAAUCUCUUCCACUGAAAGAAAAGGCUACAGAAACAGCAAACAGUUUAAAUAUUGUGGAUAGAAAUUCUAGAAACGAUUCUGAUUCAAACCAGCCCAAAGAUUUCGCUGAGAACAAAACAGUUCCCCGAAGUCAAUCUUCAUUUGGUCGUUGGAGUAACAAUGUCCAUAGAGGUUCCGAUGGGUCCGCUUACAUACCGGUCGUGGUGGUCGAUACCAACGAUAGACCACUAAGCAGAUUGAUACCAUUGAGAGGUGCUGGAGCAGUUCGAUAUUCCAUUUCAGCUCUCCGGAAAGACUCUGAAGCUAUGAAGGCACCGAGUGUGGGAUUUGAAAAUCGAGAAACGGUCAAAGCUGUUGCUGUAGAAGAUUCUAUCAAAGAGUCACCAUCGGUUGCGAUUUUACCGAAAAACAGCGAACCACAUGGUAAAAACGACAGUAAUGCAAUUACUCAGGAAGAAAAUGAACCAACAGUGUUGAAUGUGGAUGACUCUAGUGGUAAGAGUUCUAUUGAAAAUAAAAAUGAACCUUCGGUAUCGACUGUUAAUUCCCAUGAUGGAUUAUCAACGAUAGAAGGCUUUCAAAUGAACAAAGUAUCAGAAAGUGUAGAAGCGGAAGAAGUAGGUACACGUGCUGAUCAAACUAUCAACGAUAACGCUACUUUGAUGGGAAAACGCGUGGAGAUUGUUUCUGAAGUACCAGCAGUGUUACGAUCUAACGAAACAUCAGAGGACAACGCGAAAGAGAAUAAAGUAAGCACAGUCGUUGAUCAAAUUACCAGUUCUGAAGAGCUGAAUGGCUUACGAAUUAAUAAAAUAUCGGACGACAACGAGGAUAACAAAGAAAGCAUACUACAUAAUUUUGAAGUUGAAGCAGGUUUACAAUUAAAUACAAAAACACAAGACAAGGCUGAAGAGAAUGUAGUAAGCAAAUAUGCUGAUCAAAAUGCGAAAGAGAAUGCUUUUUCCAAUGAGGAACUUGCAAAAAUCGAUCCAGGAGUGACCACCGUUUCUGAUGGCAUAGGAACUGUGCCCAUGAUGAUGGGUACUGCUAUUGAAGAUGCUAAACUGAUAAUUCCUCAAAUCCAUAAUUAUCAAACGCAGUUGGAUGCACUAGAUCAAAUUUUUGAGAAAGUGCUGCUUGUCACCGAAAAGGCUACGGUUGAUGAUAAAAAUAUUCAAGUUGCUCCCGAUUCUUCCGAUACUAAAGUAGAAUCGAAAUACACUGUCAAUAAUCAAGAAGAUAAUAUUGUUGAUCAUGGAGAUGCUGUGGGUGAAGUACCCACAAUUGCGUCAGAGAUCUCCAUUAUUCCCAAUCAUCAAAGAACUUCCAAUAACUCUGAUGCGGCGGAGUCUGUAAACUCAGCCAGUGACAGAUUUGGUAUUAAGGAAUUGAUAAAAGAACCCAUUGCAGAUGAUUUACCUUCAGCGGACCUAAAAUCCACAUCAUUAAACAAUGAACCAACUCUGAAAAGUACAGAUUUAUUGAUUGGAGAUGCUAUCCAAACCCCGAUUUUCCAAACACAGCUAUUAGGAUCACGAUUCAGAGGAAAUGUAAAAUAUAUGGAUUAUGCGACUAAGGGGACCGGAGAUCAUAAAACAGGAGUAACUAAAAAACCUGGAUAUACGGUGCCAAUGCAACAUACUUCUUUAAAACUUUUCAAUUCAGGAACUGUUCAAAAUGACGUAACAUCAUCGAACCAGUUGAAAAUUAUAAAAAGUGCUGCAGAAGCUGAACAUUCUUCACAACAAACAGCUUCUUCGGAGUCAAUAAACAAGAAGGAUAGUUCAACGCACAAUGGGAUUGCUGCACCGAAACUCGAUACCCAGAAAAAAAGUUUCGAUGAAGCAAUCAAAUCGCCAUCGUUUUCGAAUCACUAUGCUAUGAUCUCCGACACAGAUUAUUCAGAUUUGAUAAAUAUUGUUACACCAUCUAUUCAAGGUGAUCAGGCAUUAGCAGUUGACAAUCCCAGCAUAAUCGAUCCCGUAAAUAAAAAAGAAAAUGAGGAGGACCCGACACAGCACCUAACAAUCAAUUUACUGAAUGAUGCCAUUUUUGGAAGUGAUGAAAUACCAAAUGUCCUUCGAUAUGGAGAAAUUACAACUCAAUCGGACAUUGACGAAAGGCUUUCUUUCCAAAGUGUUCCAGUUACCCCGGUCCCGGAACCUACUUUAGGAACGAAUAGGGAUGAACUGCUUUCAUCUAUUUUUCAAAAUACUGGCUAUGAACUGGAAGAUGACAAGUCUGAUACUCCUAAGCUUCUUCACCAAGACACUGUAAGUCAAGAGGUAGAAACUUUCGCUAAUCAACCAGAAAUUAAUGACGAGAUUACGGAUGCUGUAAAUGAACCGAAUCUGACCCCUAUCCAUGACUUUGGUGAAAACACAUCUUUUGACAAUGAGUUUGAAAAUUCAAAUUUAGAUAAUCUGACUGAAACUAGCCACGAGUCCGAUUUUUCUAAUGCUAGUCAAGUGCAAAAUCUUCAUCCCAUUGAUAUUUCAAUUCAGUCAAGAUCUGAUUCAUCCAAAUUAACACAAAUUUCGGCGUUGGGCAGUAAAGAAUACGCUGGUAGGAAUAUGCCUGACACAGCUACGAAUUUUUUGGGCUAUAAUGCAUCCUUUGACGACAGCUAUGCAGCCGUUGAAUUACCACAAGGAAACAAUGCAGUAAAUGUUUCGGAUGACCCCUUCGUUGUUAGUACUGGGAACGAUUCCCAACAUAUGGAUGAACCCAAACUCCCCGCCACACCACGAACUACCACCGAAGGCACCGUUGAAACAGUUACCGUGUCGUACUCAUUCAGUAAUGCAGGUAAACCACCUGUGUUCCCUCGACCCACCACCAGCCAUCGACCGAACGCCUCAAACGUCUAUUUGCAAGCCACGACUACAACAACCACCGAAUCGAGUCGGACUAGUAUUGGUCCCAAUGGGGACAUUUACGACGAAAUAGAAGAAGACCUUGAUCCACCGAAGCCCGCUUCAUCACCACGUCCCAUACAAAUGUCACCCCAAACUCCUUCUAAGCCCAGCAGUAACGAUUCUGGAUACUCAAUCCAACCAUCAAUCUCGUCAAACUGCUACGAAGUGAUUCUUCAAAUUCCGAUCGACGCCAAACAAGUGCUGCUGAAAACCGACUCGACAACAUUCCGUGUCUACGGGGACGGUGAGCCAGCGAACCGCAUCCGGCAGGUUAAACCAGGAGUCUACGAAGUAAACAUUGGUGCCACCAGCGGAAUCAAGUUCCAACAGUACCAACACAAAGACGCGAACAAACUCACGCUGGACAUCGCCAAAGGGUUCAACUAUGGGGACUUGGUGCAGACCCCGGCCAGCAGAGAAGCCACGGAUCUUAGCGAUCCCUCACUGAACAACCCUUACUUGCCUAUGGUUUCGAUCGAGCCCGCCCAGGAUGCCGGCAGCGCAGAAGUGAUGACCGUUGGUGCUGACAGCCAUGAGCUGACUCAGGAGCAGCGAGCUCUGCUCAGUUUGGUUCCAUCGUGGAAGAAGGUCCUGUUCUAUUACUGAGCACGGAUAACAUAAACGAGCUAAAAGUGCAUGAGACUGAGACAGCUGCCCGAGGGGUAGGGGCGCGACGCAAAACUAUAAUUUUAAUAUGAUCAUUAUGCUAAUCGAUUCCGAUGUCAGAUAGAAUAAAUAUGGUAGGUUGAAAAA